AUGCAUUCGCCGAUGAUGUUGUCAUAUGGGGAAACACAGAACACAGAACAGGAAGCACAGCAGCAAUUGGACCUAUGGUAUCAAGAGUUCAAAGAGUUUGGUAUGAAAAUCAGUAAGAGCAAGACAGUGGUACUGAAAGUGAGUAGAGACAACCGCCCAUGCACCAUCACACUAGAAGGACAGAGAGUUGAGAGUGUGGAAGAUUUUAGCUAUCUGGGAAGCAUGUUGGACAGAGAGGGCAGAAACGACAAGGAAGUAAUAAACAGAGUACGGAAGGGAGCCCAAUUUUACCAACAAGUAAGGACACUUCUGUGGAAUAAGGACAUACCACUCAAGACCAAACAAACUCUUUACAGUAGCUACUAUGUGCCGAUUGCCAGCUACAGCUUGGAGGCCUGUACCACAAACAGGAGAGAGGAGAGCAGGCUGCAGGCGGGGGAGAUGAAGUUCUUGCGGACAUGCGUGCAGAAAACGAGGAGAGAUAGAGUGAGGAACGACGAAAUAAGGAAGGAGGUGGAGCAGAGGGAGACCCUAUUGACCCACAUUUCAAAUGCAAGGCUGAGGUGGUACGGACAUGUGGAAAGAAUGGAGAAUACUAGAACGGCGAAGGUGUGGCUACAUGGAGAGGUGGAGGGAAGACGACCUAGAGGAAGACCACGAAGAAGAUGGCGAGACCAGGUUAGGCGUGAGAUCCAAGAGAGAGGACUGGACUGGAGGAGGUUGGAGGAGGAGAGGAGCUACUUGGACAGACAGACAUGGCGAGGCAUCGUAAACCGCACCCGGGCAACUGGAGACGGAGAUCGAUAA